GGAUUCCCUUUCCAGCCAAUCGCGCGUGAGCAACGGGAUUGCCCCUAACAAAUAUGGCGGGCGAGGCCUCGCUGAGGGCAGUCUGAUUUAACACCCAAACCCGGCGGCCAGCGAAGCCAGUGGUAGCGACGCGGCCCCGAGCAUGGAGGGCGGCAGCGCGGGCAGCGGCGGCAGCGACAGCAGCCCCAGCGGGAGUGGCGGGGCGCAGCAGAGGGAGCUGGAGCGCAUGGCUGAGGUCCUGGUCACCGGGGAGCAACUACGGCUCAGGUUGCAUGAGGAAAAGGUUAUUAAAGAUAGGCGACAUCAUCUCAAAACCUACCCAAACUGCUUCGUCGCCAAAGAACUGAUUGACUGGCUGAUUGAGCACAAAGAGGCUUCUGACCGAGAGACAGCAAUUAAACUCAUGCAGAAAUUAGCAGACCGCGGCAUCAUUCAUCAUGUGUGUGAUGAACACAAGGAAUUCAAGGAUGUCAAACUCUUCUACCGCUUUAGAAAGGAUGACGGCACCUUCCCAUUGGACAACGAAGUGAAGGCCUUCAUGAGAGGACAGAGGCUAUAUGAGAAGCUGAUGAGCCCUGAACACACACUCCUGCAGCCCCGGGAAGAGGAGGGAGUCAAGUAUGAGCGCACCUUCAUGGCAUCUGAAUUCCUGGAUUGGCUGGUUCAGGAAGGUGAGGCCACGACAAGGAAAGAGGCAGAGCAACUGUGCCACCGGCUUAUGGAGUAUGGCAUCAUACAGCAUGAUUCCACUCGUCCGCACCUUCUCCUGCUCUUCAGCAGAGUGUCCAACAAGCACCCAUUCGUGGACAGCAAUCUUCUCUACCAGUUCAGAAUGAACUUCCGGCGGAGGCGAAGACUCAUGGAGCUGCUCAAUGAAAAAUCCCCUUCCCAGGAAAUGCAUGACAGUCCCUUCUGCCUGAGGAAGCAGAGCCACGACAACCGGAAAUCUACCAGUUUUAUGUCAGUCAGCCCCAGCAAGGAGAUCAAGAUUGUGUCUGCCGUGAGGAGGAGCAGCAUGAGCAGCUGUGGCAGCAGUGGCUACUUUAGCAGCAGCCCCACCCUCAGCAGCAGCCCCCCUGUGCUCUGCAACCCCAAAUCUGUGUUAAAGAGGCCCGUCACUUCUGAGGAACUCCUGACUCCCGGAGCACCGUAUGCCAGGAAGACAUUCACAAUUGUUGGUGACGCUGUUGGCUGGGGCUUUGUGGUGCGAGGAAGCAAGCCAUGCCACAUCCAGGCCGUGGACCCCAGUGGCCCUGCGGCUGCAGCGGGAAUGAAGGUCUGUCAGUUUGUCGUCUCUGUCAAUGGGCUCAACGUGCUGCAUGUGGACUACCGGACUGUGAGCAAUCUGAUUCUGACGGGCCCACGGACCAUUGUCAUGGAAGUCAUGGAGGAGUUAGAGUGCUGAGCAGGUGGCCUUCCUGGCACUUCGAGUGGCUGUGGAUGAGCAAAGCCAAAACAACACAACGCAAUGCAGUGACAAGACUUCCAUGCACAUGGAUGGCUCUGGACAUACAAACCUUUUCUUCGUAUAGACACAUCUUGAUUUGAGUUUCAUACACUGUUUUGAAUGUGGAAGAACCGGGUAAUACAUCUUAAAAACAGCAACUUAUGUCAGUGUAGAAAAUAUUUGGGACAGAAUUUUCUUAAUGGAUAGAAUUGCUUUACUUGAUUUCUGUUGGUAGUUCUCAUUCACUGUUUCUUAUUUUGAUUUGCAGAAAGUUGUUGAAAUGUUUCUCUAGCCAAAACAGCAACUCGCUAAAAUCUCCUUCGUAGGAGUCAAUAGAGGAGUUUUUACAGGCUUUAAACUGUAUUCUCACCAAAAUGAACAUGGAACUGUUUAUUAGAGAACCUAGAUUUCACUGAGCUCCAAAUUAAAGCAACAGUUAAAGGAAUAGUACCUGUUAAUUAGCAUUUUGAAGGAGGAUCUAAAGCUUUCAAGAGCUUACAGCCAUAAAAAAAAAUGGCUUUUUUUUUUUCUGAAUUCCUGCCUUUAGUGUCAACUUUAACUCAACAUAUGUUUUCAACUACAGCAUUAGUUAAAAAGCAAAAACUCUGUGAUGAUAUGGGUGCCGUAGAUAGGGAGAUACUACUUAAACUUAUUUGCUCCAUUUUCUCUGUCUGAGCCAAAAUCAUUUGUUCUAUCAGCUAUAACAGCUUUCUGGAAUCAAGGCUGAAUGUGUUGAAUGUCAAAAACAGAGACAUUUGUAUAUACACAUAUACUUCAGAAUCAAGCCUCUGACAAGAUUUCACUUUGAGGGUGUCCCUUUUUUAAGUGAAGUGUUCUAGAACUUGGCCCAUAUGUGACAAAACUUGAAACUAAAUUGCCUUGCUGGCCUGAAUCUUUACUAGAUUUCUAGUAUAACAUGACUAAGGACAUGACAUGCUACUUAUUUGGCGGGAAUAUUUUUCACCAAAAGCAAGUCUUGUGUUGUAACUUUUCAGCUCGCUUGUAUAUAUGCAUGUUUCUUUUUUUUGGUGUAGAAAAGAAUGUAUUUUGGGGCUCGGUGUAUAGAGGAAAUUCCUCAAAGUGCCAAAUUAAGGAGCCAGGGAAUGCUGAAUUCUUCUUCAUUUCAUAUUAAUGCAUUCUGAACAAUGAGGUUACUUUCUUAUUCUGUAUUAACAAAAUAAAAUAUGAAUGAUGUACCUCAGCCAUUAUUUUGUGAUAGGGUAUCAUAAUGUAUUGGUACUGGUAGAAUCGACAUACCAUGUUAAAGAUGCUACAUGUAUAUGUUUCUGGCAGUCCAACUUUCCUGAUCUGUAGUUUUAGAGAAUAGGAUUUAGAAGUAAGAUAGAAUGGCUAACAUUAAUGCUGCCGAUCUACAUGUGGGAACUAUUGUCAUCUCCAUGCAUAUGAUCAUACGUGCGUUUAUACUGUAUGCCAAUCUCUGUGCUAUCGCUCUUAACAAAUAUAACCUCUUUUCAUCCUCAUCACAACCCUUCCAGACAGAUAUUAAUCAUCCUCACCUUGUGGUUGUGGAAACUAAGUAUGAGCAAGUUUAAAAAUGGUCUCUAAGUUCACCCAGCUGCAAAAACUGCUAAGUGAUAGUAGCCUGGAUUCAACAACAGGUUUAUUUCAUGUUAAAGCCCAUGUCACCACCCCCAGCCUUUCUCCCUGUAGGGACCUUUGUUGAAGGCUUACUCUGUUCCAGGUGCAGUGCUAAAAUUAUACAGUGCUAAUUCUUACUGACCUGUGAGGUCAAUGUCAUUACCCCCAUUUUACAACUGAGGAAACUGACUCAUAAAGAGGUUCAUCUUAUGCCCAAGGCCACACCACUAGUACGUAGGAGGCCUCACCAUUAGGCUUUAAAAAAUGUUUAUAACGUCGUUAAAGGAUGAGUCUUAAAUACUUUCUGUCCCUAGGUAUUCAUUAAUUGACAGGAGAAGGACCGCCUUUUGGAAACUGGCAUCUUUUUCUUGCCUGCUACUUGUACACGUCCUAAUGCCCCUCGUGUUGGCCCAGGCAUAGUAUCACUUCCCUUUGGCCAAUCUAAGCACCAGAGAAGGAAGUGUCUGGCUUUAUUUACUCCACACCUGUGAAAUUUAUUGGAUUUGGAGUGUCAUUCAAUGGGAAGGAAAGAAAGAAGGAAGGGAGGGAGGCAAUGAGGGAGGGAGGAGGGAAGGAACUGUUUUCUCCUUUGGCUCUCAUCACUCCCAGUUUAAAGGCCAAAUGCUAGAGAAGUCUACUUAAGGCUAAGAUGGCUUUACCUUAGCCUCCCUCCAGUCCACCUAUGACAUCCUCACGCUGUAAUUAAAGCGAAUGCUCCCUCCAGCCUUUGCACCUGCAGUUUCUCUUCCCUGGAAUAUCCUUCUUUGCCUGAAAAACUCCUCUCUCAUUGACUCUCCUUAGCUAUUGUCUCCUCUGAGAAACCUUUGCCAGCUCCCUAGAUCUGGGAUUAACGCCCCUUCUCUAAAUUCCCAUGGACCCUCGCGCAUCAAACUCCUGUAAUUCCAGCAUUUACUUUGAAAUUGUCCCAUUACAUGUCUGCCUCGCUAACUACACUCUAAGCUUCUGCAGAAAAGGCACUGUGUCUUGUUACCUAGGUAUUGCCUUCACCUAGACCAGUCCUGACACAGAGUAGUGUGUCCAUUGCUAUCCAUGUUAUCCAACGAACCACCCCCAAACAUGCCUUAUAGCACUAUUUAUUUGCUCAUGAUCUAUGGGUUAGCAUUUUGGGCAGAGCUCUGCUGGCAUGGCCCAGCCACUGCUCCAUGUGGUACCGGUUGGGUUUACACCAACAUUUGUAGUCAGUGAAGAGUUGAUGGGGGGCGGGAUGGCUGAUCUUGGAAGAUCAUGCAUAUGUCUCGCCGUUGGCUGGGGUGCCUCAGUUCCGCUCCAUGUGUCCUUCCCCACAUGAGAUCAAAGCGGGUGAGAAUGGAAACUGCCUGACCGUUAGUGGACUUGACUGGAAAUCACACAGCAUAGCAUUUGGUUAUUCAAAGCAAGUCACAAAGCUAGCCCAGAGUCAAGAGGCAGGGAAAUAACCUCUACCUUUUGAUGGAGGAGCUGCAAAGAAUUGGUGGCCAUUUUUUUCUCCACCAAGAGUAGGUACUUAUUCAUUAUUUUUUGAAUAAAGGACCAAGAAAUUGCCUAGUCAUUGAAAGACUUCAGCUAUCCAGAUGCAACUUACUGACCAACCUCUGGGUAGAAGUAUAAUAUUAAGUUGUAAAUGAAGCCCAGUGCCUAAUGAAAACUUCAAAGCCAGAAAAUGCUGACAUGGUAGUGCUAUAUGGAGCCGUGGAGAGCACAGUUUAGUCUUCCUGUCCCGUUAAUGAGGAAGUAGGUGUGGCAUCGUCAGGUGGCAUGUCCAAAAUCAAGAGGCUUGUUGGGUACAGCGCCUGGGCCAAAUACUGGUCUCCUGCCCCCCAAUCCUAUGUCCUUUCUAGUCUAGUGUUCUGCAGUGUAGGCUUUUAGCUUUGAGGUACUUAUAAAAUACAAAUGGUGCCAUGUAUCUGUGAAGGUGAGGGGUCUACAUUUUAGUUGACUCAUGUUGUUAAAUCAUAUCAUUAAAAAAAUAAGUAUUUUGUGUGAUGUGUUGACGGUAGAACUGCUUUAACAUUUAGAAACUCCAUCCUUAAAUGUAACACCAAGAAUUAUUCUCAAUUAACAGUGAGCAGUAUUUCUAAGAACUUUUAUUUUAGCGUAUGCAUGUGUGUGUGUGUGUGUGUGUGUGUGUGUGUAGCAGUGUUUUGCGUGUGAGGUUUUACUCAUUGAGAAUCCCUGAAAUGGUUUUCUUUGUUCCCAGAGAAAACACUUUUGAUAUGUCUGUUAAUUCUGUUGUAGAGAGAAAAUUGCGGUUGCCUUUUGGAUGAUUCUAUUGUCUGAUGUUUUAUCAUUAACCUCUGUUAAAUAAUAAUAUAAAUUGAUCAGGGGACUAGUUGAGAAAUGAUGGGUAACAUGAAGAAGAUACCCAUGUCUGAGUAGAUUAGAUGUGAUCAACUUCACACCAUCUUAAAGGAGAAUGUGUUGGAGUGGUAGCAAUGAAUAAUUUAAAAAUCAUUGCUUUCAGUUCAAAGUGAAAUCCCACAUUUUCAGAUACUCAUUCCUUUCAAAUAUGCUGUGAGAAUAAUCUACUUUCAAGGCCUAUUUUAAACUGGUGAUUCUACUGUUCUCUCAUGUUGAAUAUUAAUCCCAUUCAUUUUGUUUAUAAAUAAUCAGAAUAACUCUUUUCAGUUUUGCUGAUCGGUUAGAGUCUAUUGAUAUCAUUGACCAUGGUUUUACUCAUUUAAGGCAGAAUUUAAGGAAUAAUAUGUUUUUCCUCAGUUCAAUAGCAACAGGACAAAUCUGCAGUGUACCAAAAUGAAGAUCAUCAUCAAAGUUAGCUUAUGAUAUUGUCAAAUGCAUUAAUAUAUGUACUUAAUAUAUAUGCUUAUUUUUAAAUUAGACUGAAAUUUAUGUUCUCCCUUUAUUGAAAAUUACAGUAUAACACUUAAAAUUAUAAGGUGAAAAUAGCUAGUAUAGUAUGAAAUAAAUGUUAAUUUUUAAAAACAGUGACUUUAGGGUUUCACUUUUCCUGUCUUUUAGAACAAAUUAGCUAUUUUUUAUUCUAAGAAAGAGUUGCAUUAUAAAGCUGACAACACAUGGGACUCAUCUCCAAUUCUCUAAUGUAGCCAAAAGUGCCAUUCGUAAAACUACUUAGUGAUGGAUAUUUUCUGAAGCUCUUUUGCUUGAGGAAAAAAAAUGCAUUAAAAAGCUUUUUCUGUA